CCAUCCCCGCCGCCUCCUGGCCCCCACUCGCUGGCGCCCAAGUGGGAGGAAGGCAGCUGCCCGCUCCCUCCUCCCCACAUCCCCGCUACCUGCCCAGUCCCCGAAGCGAAGCGUGAGGAGGCUGCGAGCCAGCGGGGCCGAGCCCACAACUUUGCAGCCUCGGGGAGGGCGAGAGCCGGCGUCCGGGGCUCCUCUUGUCCGCGACCCGAGCUCGGAAUGUAAUCGAGGAUGCUGGCCCUGAGGCUGCUCAACGUGGUGGCCCCCGCCUACUUCCUGUGCAUCUCCCUGGUGACCUUCGUGCUGCAGCUCUUCCUCUUCCUGCCCAGCAUGCGCCAGGACCCCGCGGCUGCCUGGCUCUUCUCUCCCGCGCUGCUCCACGGGGCUCUAUUCCUGUUCCUCUCAACCAAUGCUCUGGGCAAUUACGUCCUGGUCAUCCAGAACUCCCCGGACGACCUGGACGCCUGCCAGGGGCCCUCGGCCAGGAGGGCCCCGUGCCCCCCGCCCAGCACCCACUUCUGCCGAGUGUGCGCCAGAGUCACCCUGAGGCACGACCAUCACUGUUUCUUCACCGGCAACUGCAUCGGCAGCAGGAACAUGCGCAACUUCGUCCUGUUCUGCCUCUACACCUCCCUUGCCUGCCUCUACUCCAUGGUGGCCGGGGUGGCCUACAUCUCAGCAGUCCUUUCCAUCUCCUUCGCCCACCCCCUGGCCUUCCUCACGCUCCUUCCCACCUCCAUCAGCCAGUUCUUCUCCGGAGCUGUCCUCGGUUCUGAAAUGUUCGUCAUCCUCAUGCUCUACCUCUGGUUUGCCAUCGGCCUGGCCUGCGCGGGCUUCUGCUGCCAUCAGCUGCUGUUGAUCCUCAGGGGGCAAACCCGUCACCAGGUGCGGAAGGGGGUGGCGGUGAGGGCCCGGCCCUGGCGCAAGAACUUACAGGAGGUCUUCGGGAAGAGGUGGCUGCUGGGCCUGCUGGUCCCCAUGUUCAAUGUCGGAGGUGAGAACUCCAAGCAGCGUGACAAAUAGCAUUCCCCUCAUGUCUCUCUGUGUGUGUCUUGACUCCUCCUGAACAUAAGACCAUGGCACUCUUAUCUCCACCCAGGACCCAAUACAACCUUGAGCCAGGAAGGUUCUAGCAUCUGUCCCAGGUCUGUGACAUAUAGGGAACAGCAUUGGCUGGUGGAUUGUGGCAAGAAGCAAAAAUGGCCACCCAGGCAAUACUAGGCUCCCAAGAGCCAGCCAACUGUUAGGAGGCCUUUGUUUUGUUCCUUCCCCCUUGAAGCCCCUGCUUUCCCCCUCUGCCUGGCUCAUCCACUCUCUCCCAUGUCUCAUGUUCUCACAGCUAUAGGCCAGAGCUCUUCCUCUCAGACCCGUGUUAGGAUGGAGAGUGGAUUCUUGCUGUUGAUAUGAUGCUCCCAGGACCCAGAGGCUGGCAAAAAUGUUUAAAAUUACUAUGUGUGAGAGGUAGCCAAGUCAGCUCUGACAACUUCUAGGGAGAUUGCAAAAGGAGGGGUGUGUUCUUAUUCUCUCUGUAGAUUUGUGAGCAGUGGAAGGGAAACUCAGGAGCUUACUGCCCCACCCUCAAGUUGCAAAGCCUUUUCUCUGAGAGAGACAACAGCCACGGGCCUGGGAUUUCCAAGUGCUGUCCCUGUCCACCUUGCCCCACCUGGCCACCCAGCCCCGUCUAGGACCUGCCUUGAUGCUUCCUUUCCUUCGCAGUCUCCCAGCUUUCUCCCUUGAUGUCCAGUCUCUGGGGUCUUUGCUAGAUGUUGGGAAGGCAAGAAAGAAGGAAGAAGGAAAGGAGAAAUACUGAUAAAUGGGAGAAGCAUGUGGCUGCAUGGCCAUACAGAAGUGUGUGUGUGUGAGAGAGAGAGAGAGAGAGAUGGUGAGGAGUGUUGUUGCAAAUUUAGAAAAUGCUUAGGGGAGGGGAGGAGAGAGGUCACACAGAGGUUGGGCACUGGGAUAUUUGGAAAAUGAAAAUGAGAACAGCAAAUGGGUUCAUUUCUGAAGGACAUUCUAGCAUCUAAAGCUGUUCAGUUUGAAUGGCUGCCUGGGGAAGUAAAGAGUGCCCCACUGGAGGUAUUCCAACAGGGACUGGUCAGUCAUCUGGCAGGCAUACUGUGGAAAGAAUCUCUGCACAGGGUCAGGAAAGGGGAGAUCCUUUCCAACCCCCAAGAUUCUAGUGCCUGCUUUGCGAUUGCCAGGUCCAGAGGCAAGAUCUGUAGGGAUGCCUGUGAAUUAUUUGCUUUCAUGAAGUGAGAAGAAGGCAUGGGGGGGGGGGGGUCUGAAAAUCAUAAUGCAAACUUUAAGGACCCUACUUUGCCACGGAGGAGGGGUCUCUGGUGAGACCAGACAAUGUGGGUAUUAAUGCUAGCUGAGGAGUUGGCACUUGAGGAAAGGGAGAUGGAGCAGUGUCAGGGGCAGGUGGGAGUAGUGGUGGGAGAGCAAGGCUGGAAGGUCUGGCAGCUGUGAGUCCAGCCUUGGUUACCUAAUUGGCUCUGGAUGGGGGCACUGCUCUGUGUUCUGGGGCCCAGAGGGUCAAACCUCUAGGGCAUAUUCGGGAGUGGGGACCACACAAGUGCCUCUCUGACUGGAUCCCAAGGCCGGUCUACCAUCCAUGCAGGCAGCAGGGCUGAAGCCCACGCCCUACAGUGUCCACCUGGUGGCCACAGCCACCCCAAGCAUCGUCACACAACACUGAGUUUUUGAGCAGAGCUCAGGAGGACUUUGCCUUGGCUUUAUCUUCACGCCCCCUACAGGGCUAAUGUAGUAAUGGCACCACUGGCUCAUAACUCCCUCCCAUUUUCAUUCAUUCAUGCAUCCUAGAUAUAUUUCUUGAGUGCCAACUCUGUGCCAAGUCUCUUCCAGGCACUGGUAUACAAUGAUGAACAAGACACACUUGUUGUGAUGAGCACUGGGUGUUAUAUGUAAGUGAUGAAUCACUAAAU